AUGACUUCGGGUGAAACUCAGCACGCUCCAGGCGGCCAUUGGAGUGCCGCCAAUCCCAUCCCAACUAUUCAGAAAUUUGUCGAGAAUCUCGACAAGGACAAAAAAGAGCGGGACCGAAAGAUCGACGACGAAAUCAACCGUAAACGGCAGGCUGGCUCGAAAGACGUGCAGUCAACUGAGGAGCAAGUGGCUAAAUUGUCGAAACACACCCGUGAAGUGACGGAUCCCACGAGUGGACGAGAAAUUACAAUUGAAGACGUUGGGAAACAGUACAUGGAUGCUGUAAAAGAUCCAAAGAUAACUGUGCCAAAUUCAAACCUCGAUAAGCCAACGACUAUUAAAACCGACCCAUAUCAAGAAUUUGAGGAAUACAAACAGAACCAAGAUGUCACUGCCCCCCCAGAUCCAAUUGCUGAGGGCACAACUUCCGAUGUGCCUAUACACGGGGAGAAAACCAACGUUCUGUUUCAUCCCACUCCCUCGGUCACUUACCAGCCUAUGUUUGAGGAGAUCGAAAAGCGUGCAAAUGGACUCACAGCUGGAAUUGCCAUCACUGUCAUUGUAUUAGGAAAAACCUUUGGCGGUUCUCUAUGGGGGCUUAUACCCCUGGCUUUCUGCUUAGCAUCAGGGGUAUAUCUUUGGAUGAAAGAGGUCAUUCGUACUGGCCGAGAUUUUGAAUGGCGCAGUGAGCAACUCCGAGGUGAAACAGCAACUGCAAACCUCCUUCCCGAAUCGGUGGAGUGGAUUAAUGCUCUCUUGUCUGUGACUUGGGGCUUACUUAACCCUGACAUGUUCGCCAGCAUUGCCGACACGAUCGAGGAUGUCAUGCAAGCUUCUGUGCCGAGUGUGAUUGAAAAUGUCCGCGUUUCAGAGAUUGACCAAGGGAAUAAUCCCAUUCGAAUUCUCAGUAUUCGAUCUCUUCCCGACGGUCAUGUCCAGGAUUUGCAAAAGAAUAUCCGUGAAGACAACAAGAAAAACAAGGACCCUCAAGAGGCGGCUGCAGACGAGGAAGGUGGAGACUAUUACAAUCUUGAGGUUUCUUUUGCCUACCACGCAAAACCAUCCGGCGAGAGUGCCUCUGCUAAGGCACGCAACAUGCAUAUGCAUUUAGUGUUUUAUCUAGGGAUUAAGGGUCUAUUUGGAAUUCCAUUUCCUAUAUUCACCGAACUGAUUGAGUUGAUUGGGACAGUCCGGCUUCGACUUCAAAUGACGCCGCAACCUCCAUUUGCAAAAUCAGUGACUUUCAGUUUCAUGGGUCUUCCCCAUGUCCGCGCUGGCUGUGUACCGCUCGUUAAAAGGGGAGUAAAUAUUCUCAAUCUACCUUUGAUUUCAAACUUCGUCAACUAUGCCAUCGGAGCAGCGGCUAGUCUUUACGUGGCCCCCAAGUCUAUGUCGUUAGAUCUCGGUAUGAUUCUCAAGGGUGAUGAUAUUCAGAAAGACACCCUAGCAUUGGGUGUUUUCUGGAUUCGUAUUCACCGAGCUGUUGGCCUCAGUAAGCAGGAUCGUAGAGGUAGCGAGGGUGGCGGUAGUGAUCCUUACAUCAACCUCUCAUUCUCGAAAUACGGCAAGCCGAUGUACUGCACUCGCGUUAUCACAGACGACCUGAAUCCUGUAUGGGAGGAAACGGCUGCAUUGCUGGUUACCCCUGAGCUGAUCAAAGCUGAUGAACAGCUGAGCGUUGAGUUGUGGGAUUCUGACCGUAACUCUGCUGACGAUAUAGUGGGUAAGGUAGAACUUUCUAUCCAGAAAAUGAUUCAACACCCGGGUAUUAUGUACCCACAAGUAUCCAGAUUGGAAGGUAUGGAUGAAGGGAGCAGUAUGCCUGGAGAACUACGCUGGGAAGUUGGUUAUUUCGGCAAGCCUCGAUUGAGACCAGAGCUUCGAACCGAUGGAGAGAAUCAUGAGCUUCCUGAGACACUCCGACACGAGCCCACGCUCCAGGAUGAGAAGGGUGUAAUUAGUACCGAGGAUGAAGAUGCUGUCAGUCACACACCUCCGGAUCCACUCUGGCCGAGUGGCAUCUGUAGCAUUGUCAUUCACCAGAUAGUCAAUUUGCAGUUGGAGAACAUUCAUGGCACUCAAGGAAGUCGAAAGGGCAAGGAAUUUGAACCCGCCAAGCCUUAUGGAGAAAACGCAGAAGAACAAGGCAAAGAUCUUCCCACAGGUUAUUGUACAAUUUUGUUGAAUGAUCAAUUGGUGUAUCGAACUCGCGCCAAAGCUGUGAGCAGCAGGCCUAUUUUCAAUGCAGGCACUGAAAGAUUUGUACGCGACUGGCGAUCCGCCAUCGUCACAGUAACUGUGCGCGACCAGCGACAUCGCGAGCAUGAUCCUAUCUUAGGUGUUGUGUCCUUGAAACUUGUCGAUUUGAUGAAAACUAGCUCUCAGGUGACACGGUGGUACCCACUGGAUGGAGGGAUUGGAUUUGGACGCAUACGGAUCUCUCUCUUGUUUAGGAGUGUAGAAACGAAACUCCCUUCUAAUAUGCUGGGCUGGGAUGUAGGCACAUUUGAGUUUCUAUCUGAACGCAUUACCUUGAAGGAUUUCUCUCAAAGUGCUAAGCUUUGGCUUCGCACUGGUGGCAGCACUGGGAAAAUUUCAAGAUCUUAUUGCAAACAGGAUGGUGACGAUCACUAUUUCGAUUUAUCUCAAACCUCGGCGAAGCCUCGGCUACCCGUAAAAUACCGCUAUCGCUCUCCAGUUGUGUUUGAAUUUCGUGUUUCUGGGAAACGAAGAAAUACAGCCUAUGCAGUUCUAUGGCUCCAACAUCUCGUUGACAAUGAAGAGACUCCAAUUGACAUCCCAAUUUGGACGACAAAACGCGGUGACCGAUUAACUCAAAAUUAUGUCACGGAGGAGAAUUGCAAGACACUAGGCUUGGAUGCCCUAGAGGAUCUGACUGAAGUUGGACGUCUUCAGUUCACUGGAAGGUUCUCCGCUGGCAUGGAUGAAUCACACGAACAAUUCGUUGCGGAUAACGACAGCCGUGAGACAUUUGAGACAUGGGAAGCUUGUCAAUCAGAAGGUCUUCGAGACAGGCAUGUAACUGUCGAAAUUCCAGAAACCGUACGUGACCUACACGAGAAGUCAUUGGUGCAAGGCCGUGAUGUACUUCGAGAAUCCGACACAAAUGACCGCAAACGUUGGAUUGCGAAGGAUGGUAGGGAUUGGAGCGGUGCAUUUGGCGAGGAUCCUCGAGACCUGGUGGACAAGAGAGCUGAUGGGCACAAUAUCAACGGAACUACUAACGAAACUUCCAAUGACUAUGAUGAGAAUGAUGACGAUGCCGACAGCAAUAAUGACGGUAGUUCAGAGGAAGACACCACCACAAAUAGCGCCAGCCUAACUACCUCGUCAAGUGCAGGUCAGUCCAACAAAUCUGGUAAUAAAGCCAACAAACGCAGUGAGCACCGCAAACAGCGGGGACUGAUGCAAUGGAAACCUGCUCGUAACGCAGCAUUUGCCAAAGACGAAGCUACUUUUGCUCUGCGGAAGAUGAAAAAGAAGUUUGGGAUUGGCGACUUGACUGGCCGUGAACCGAACAUCGAGACUGAAACUGGCUCUUAA